CCAUUUUGUUCUUUUGUGCUACAGAGACAACAAUACGUAUUUCAUCAUCGAGUGAAUCUAAACCUUGGCCGUAUUUAGAAUCGCUUUUCAAGUUUAUGAAGACCAUGGGGAACUCUGUUAAGUUAUUCUGUAUGAUAUGUGCUCAGAAUAUUACAGAGGUGACUACAUACAGAUACUCACCAUCCAACUUGAAGAAAGACGUGACGAUAUUUAAGAACUGCAGUUACAAGAUCUAUAAAACAAAGAAGAUCUUCCUCCCUGAAGCAACGAUAAAGAAGAAAGGAAACAGCAGAGGUCAUCACUAGUUAAAGUUAAUACACGAACAAUGGGUGAGAUGGAGAGAGGCGUGUACGAAGUGGAGGCAGCCAUGAUCGGGGAAGGGGAGACGCCCAGACGAGACAGAGGCUGCUGUGGCAAGUGGUGUCGUCAUGGUUUCUCCUUCUGGUGCAAGAAAUAUUUCUGGGAAGGUCAACUGAAGCAAGGAGCAGGUGAUGAAGGCUACGAUGAGGUCAGCACUGCAGGACCAUUCUCUAAGUUGUCACCCAUCAAACGUAAACUGGCGGGACUGUUCAUUCCUGCCGCUUUCUUUCACUUCUGGUACUGGUGUAUUAUGUACUACAGGGACCUCUUCUAUGUGUUCGCGGACAGAUACCCUAUGACCAUUGCAAUGAUCCCCGGCUCUAUCAUUGCUGGAAUGACAAGUGUGGGUGGCGGAGCUAUAGCCUUCCCUGUGAUGACAUUGGUGAUGAACGAGACGCCGGCGGUAGCACGAGACUUGUCCUCCUCAAUACAAGCUAACGGGAUGAUUGCUGCCUCCUUCUCUAUCCUCUACAUGAAGGUUCACAUCGAGAAACAGUCCUUAUUAUACAGUUUCUUGGGAUCUUGUGCAGGAGUGAUAUUCGGGCUGGAGGUUAUUGACCCCAUAUUAACACCAUCCAUGAAAAAAAUGGGCUUUGUUAGUAUUUUCUUCUCAUUUGCAUUUACUUUGUUUAUAAUUAAUUGGAAUCACAAGAGAAAGACAUUCAAUAACAUUCCAGACUUGACUUGGUGGAAGAUUUUAUUAAUUCUUGUGUUUGGAUUUAUCGGUGGUAUAUUUACGUCCUUUUCCGGUAGUGGCGCUGAUAUAUGUAUGUUCAGUCUCCUCACCCUCUUCUUUAAGGUGUCUGAGAAAGUAGCGACGCCUACCUCAGUGGUGUUGAUGGCUCUUUCUUCUGUCGUAUGUUGGGCUUGGAGGUCCGCCGUCACCCAGGAGAUGCCACAGGAAAGCUGGGAUUAUCUCUUUGCUCUGAUCCCCGUUGUUACGAUAGGUGCUCCGUUUGGUGCCCUGAUUGGGACACAUUUCCAUCGACUAGUGCUGGCCGCUUUUGUUUACAUCCUGAACACUGUUUCCUUAAUUGGUGCUUUUCUGAUAGUUCCACAAACUCCCGCUCUUACUGGGGGCUCUGUAGGUGUUAUAGUGGGCAUGUUCUUCUUCUUCUCAUGCAUAAACAAACUUGGGGAUCAAUUGAAUGCCAAACACGAGAAACUUAUUCCCAACAAACUGGAAACUAACGUGAGGAUGAUAAAAGUAGCGGCCAAAUAGUUCCGAGUGACUUAAAAAUGUACUCACGUUUUCUUCGGGUGAAUGUGAUGGAACUCUCUUGCGUCACAGUACCUUAGUAUUAUCUGCUGUUACUCUUCAUGGUCGUCUAGUUUUGUUAUUUUUCGUUAUUUUAUCAACAUUGUAAUGGAUUAGGGGAGGUGCACUCGAUACUGAGGGAGGAAGCCAAAGAUAAUAUCCAAUUUUCCUCCUUAAAAUGAAAAUAUCCCCAGAAUUAGUGUUUUUCAGGGAUAAUUAAUAUUCCCACAAAUAGUCAGUAUGUUAAGAUAAUAAAAAUUUCCCCAAUAAUAGCCCCGCAAUCAAUUUUUUCCCCAAUAAAAAAGUUCCCCAGUACUGUCAAUAAUCACCGUUGUAAUGAGACGUUAAAAGGUAGGAUGAACUGAUGGUGGUGUUGGCCAUGGCCGCAUAAACCAAGGGCGGCCAGUAGCUCAGGGCUGAGUGAAGAAAGUUUAGUUAAAAGUUGUCUACCAGGUGUAACGAAAGUGGAGUCGGCCUGCAGCCUUGUAACUUGAAACCGGCUGAAUUAAACAGCUAAAAUCAGCUAUAUAAUGAACCGCCUCAAUGUCACCGUGUUCCUGAGUCACACACACACACGGGUAUAAUUAUUUUACCAUGCUACAUCCAAGAGAUAAGAAAAAUGAUUAUAUGGUUUACUAACGCUACUCUUGCCCUACAAUUAAGGACCUAAGACUACGUUAGGUGACUCUCUAGAUGGUAGUUAGAAUCAGAUAAUUUUUAUUCAGAUGUCAUGUCUUAGUUCCGCUGUGGUUAAGUCCUUGUGGGAAGUUUCAAGUCGUAUGCAUUUUCAGACGCAGGAUUUAGAUCUCAAGGUUCAAUAUGUCGGAGAAAACAUGUUUGUCUUAUUUUACAACUCCCUGGUGACUACAAUACGCUUGAUCUUAAUACAGUAUUGUAGUUAAAGCUCAGUAAUGCAAUGUAAUGAUGUAUUUGUGUCAAUGGUGGUAUCUACGUGGCAGUUGUACAAAUAUUCGUAUUAUGAGGGAAUUGUCUCAUCAUUGUGGAACUCUUUUUGUUACUUUAGCUCACAGUUGACUCUCGAUUAAUUCAUUACAAUAAAGAAAAGAAUAAAAAAAAGAAAAAUAACAAGAAGCUCUGGAAGUUAUCAACAAGUCAUUUCGGUAAAGUCAGAGACACCAAUGAGCCCUUAAGCAGGUAUCACACUGAGCAAAAUGUCCAUCGUUCUCGGUCAAAAAACUGAAGUCCCACAACACUCUGCAUCACCCCACUUUACCAACAAGGGAAGUUGAAGUAAUUGGUGAGGCUUGAGAUUCCAUUCUGGCUCUGUUCAGUGGCUGUAAACUAUAGGCAAAUUAAAUGUUAUCUGUAUGUAGAAAUACUCUGAUUAUAAUAUAUUUGCAUUUAAGCCACUUAAAAGUAUUUCUUAAUAAUUUGUUUUAACAUAAUCAAUGUCCUUCAAUUAUUAAAAUUAUAAAACUUCAAUUGAACCCGAAAUGCAGUCAAAAUUUGCCAUAGAACUGCCUUACUUUGUUUUCCUCAGAUCUCAGUUUUCAGACGGAAAAUCUUACCGAGAACAGUGUGUCGCCGUUUUACUCCAGAGGAAUGCGGAAUUUUGCCUAGUGUUAUAGUCCCAUAGGGGGAAAUGGGGCCAUUAAUCUCUCUACUUCUGUGAAUAUUUUUCGUAUAUUGUGUAUCCUGUAAAUAUUAUUUUGUGAUGUACUACCUAACAUUAUCCUAGCAAUGUACUACCUAGCAUAAUUUCCCGUGUCAUUUUGAUACUGUAUAAAUAUCUUUGAUUACUUUGGAUAGAUAUUUAAAAAGUAUGUUUAUAAACCUUCAUAUAGUGUUUACUUAGUGUUUGUAUAUUUGUCAGGUUUAUGUUGUUUAUUUUUUUUACUUAUUUUUUUUGCCUUCGUGUUUGAGCAAAUUUAUAACAUUAUCCCUGGCUGGUCCCACACUAUUAUUAUUAUUAUUAUUAUUAUCAUCAUUAUUAUUACUAUUAUUAUCAUCAUUAUUAUUAUUAUUAUUACUGAAGCAACACCAGCCAGAUACCUCCAUGUAUGAAUGACUCGGAGAAAAAUUCACAGGCGGUUAGUUCACUCACCAACAGCCUCAUAUCAGCCAUCCUUCCACCUUUACUAAGCUGUGUUGAUCAUAUCUUAGUUAGACAUGUUAAUAUUCCUGUUAAGUCUUUCUCUAUAUCCUGUUAUUCCUGUAUGUCAUUAUCUAUAUCCUGUCACAAUAUAUAUAUAUAUAUGAAUAAAUUACAUUUCUAUUGA